AUGGCUGGCCCAAGAGACACGGCCGAGCGAGUCGGCGCCGUCGUCGUCUCGGCUCCCGGAAAGGUGCUUCUUGCGGGCGGCUACAUUGUUCUCGACCGCAAGCACUCGGGUCUGGUCUUCGGUCUAAGUGCCCGUAUCCAUGUGCUCGCUCAGGAGAUACGGACUAGUGAAGGCGUCCAUCUCUCCGAGAUUGUUGUGCAAAGUCCCCAGUUUCUCAACGCCACCUGGCGGUACGGCUACCAUCUCGUCGCCAACGGCGGCGGUAUCAAGGUUACCCAGCUGCAAUCGGGCGCACCAGUUGACUCGAACCACUUCGUCGAGACAACGCUCAACUACGUCCUCUCCUACAUUGUACAGGUGGACAAAGACCGGUCUGCGCACGGCUUGAAACCUGCAUCUUUGCUCAUCCUGGCCGACAACGACUACUACUCCAAACCCAAGCAGGAAGCCGAGAGGCCCUCCUCCAGCUCAUCAGCCGGAGGGGAACCCCCCCGGCCCCGGUUCCGCCAUUUCGGCACCACCCUCCGUGACGCCCACAAGACCGGCCUCGGCUCCUCUGCUGCCCUCGUCACCUCGCUGACCGCCGCCCUCCUCUCCCACUAUCUCCCACCGUCGCUUUUCGACCUCACCACCCAGGAGGGCAAGCGCGUCCUGCACAACCUGGCCCAGGUCGCGCACUGCUCCGCGCAGGGCAAGAUCGGCAGCGGCUUCGACGUGGCCAGCGCCGUGUACGGCUCGUGUGUCUACCGCCGCUUCAGCCCCUCGCUGCUCGCCCGCCUGCCGGGGCCGGGCGAGGCGGGCUUCGCGGCCGCGCUGGCGGCGCUGGUGGACGACGGCGGCGGCCUGUGGGACUGCGAGAUCCGCAAGGAGCUCGUCGGCCUGCCGCCCGGCGUGGCCAUCCGCAUGUGCGACGUCGACUGCGGCACGCAGACCGUCAGCAUGGUGAAGAAGGUGCACGAGUGGCGGGACGCGAACCCCGAGGCGGUGGCGGGCGCGUACCAGGGCUUGCAGGCCCGGGUGGACGAGCUGGCGCGGGUGUUGAGGGAGCAGAGGACCGCGGAGAUAGGUGCCGUCAUGCGGCCCUUCAGGGAUAUGAUGCGGAAGUUGGGGCGGGAUAGCGGCGUGCCGAUCGAGCCCGACAGUCAGGAGGCUAUGCUGAACGCGCUGGAGAAGGUCGAAGGGGUGUACGGGACUGUCGUGCCUGGGGCGGGCGGGUACGAUGCCGCUGCGGUGGUGAUGCGGGAUGACGCGGAGACGGAGAAGAGAGUCAGGGAGUUUCUGAGAGAGUGGAGUCGGACGAACGAGAUACAGGUGCGCCUGAUGAAGGUGAAGGGGGAAACAGAAGGUGUGCGGAAGGAGGAUGUGGACGAGUUCAAGUUGUGGCUUCAUUGA